CGGGAUAACUGGCACAAGCGCCGCAAAACCGGGGGUAAAAGGAAACCCUACCACAAGAAGCGGAAGUAUGAGCUGGGACGCCCUGCCGCCAACACGAAGAUCGGCCCCCGUCGCAUACACACAGUCCGAGUUCGGGGUGGCAACAAGAAAUACCGUGCUCUGAGGCUGGAUGUGGGCAACUUUUCCUGGGAAUCCCAUUAUGCACUGCCCCUGGGCCGCAAGAAGGGGGCCAAGCUGACUCCUGAGGAGGAAGAGAUUUUAAACAAAAAGCGAUCCAAGAAAAUUCAGAAGAAAUAUGAUGAAAGAAAAAAGAAUGCCAAAAUCAGCAGUCUAUUAGAGGAGCAAUUCCAACAAGGGAA